AUGUCAAACGAUGAGACGAUUUCAAUAACGAUAGAGUUCAGCGGGGGCCUGGAGAUCCUGUUCGCCAACCAGAAAAAGUAUGAUCUUGCCCUACCAGCCAAAGAUGAGUCUGGAGAGCCAGCAAACGUUGCGUUCCUUGUCAGAUACCUUUGCGACAAGGUCAUGAAGGAUCCGCGGAAAGAACUUUUCGUGCUUGAUGAUACUGUACGACCUGGAAUAUUAGUUCUUAUCAACGAAGCAGACUGGGAGCUGGAAGGCGAAGACAAGUACGAGGUUCAGAGAGGCGAUCACAUCAUGUUCGUAUCUACGCUACACGGAGGAUAG